UCAUUUCAAUGCGUCAGAGGCGUUAUUGGGUCUGACUUCACUAGUUUGUUUGCAUGUUUUGACAUUGUUUAAAAACACUUUCUCUCUAAAAAAAAUAUUAUUUUACUUUUGACGCUAUGGCGCUGUUCAGAGGACUGACCGUGUUAAAUAGAGUUUCUCCAAACAAGUGUUUCAUAUCAGCACGACUGUUUGGAAAUGGGACAAACACUUUGUACCAAAACGGUCCUCCUCAAGCAAGAUUCUUCCCACCUUCUGAAGGUGUUAUGCUUCUCCCAGGAACUUACAAAAACAAAGUAGCCUUCAUCACUGGAGGUGGAACGGGACUCGGGAAAGCCAUGACCACCACUCUGUCUUCACUGGGAGCAGAGUGCGUAAUAGCCAGCAGAAAUCUUGAUGUUUUGAAGAAAACAGCAGAUGAAAUCUCUCAGCAGACUGGAAACAAGGUCCAUGCUGUCCAGUGUAAUGUUAGAGACCCUGCUUCAGUGGAGGCUGCUGUUAACCAGCUUGUAAACGAUGUUGGCCUGCCUGAUGUGGUGAUAAACAAUGCUGCUGGAAACUUCAUCUCUCCUUCAGAGAAGCUUUCUCCCAAUGCUUGGAGAACCAUCACUGAUAUUGUGCUGAACGGCACUGCCUAUGUCACACUAGACAUCGGGAAACGCCUCAUCAAAGCUGACAAAGGUGCUGCAUUUCUGGCCAUCACCACAAUCUAUGCUGAGAGUGGCUCAGGAUUUGUUGUGCCAAGUGCUGCGGCUAAAGCUGGAGUGGAGAAGCUUUGCACGUCUCUGGCAGCAGAGUGGGGCAGAUACGGCAUGAGAUUCAACAUUAUUCAACCAGGACCAAUCAAAACCAAGGGUGCCUUCAGCAGACUGGAUCCCACCGGUUCGUUUGAGAAGUUGAUGUUGGAGAAGAUAGCCGUGGGUCGUCUGGGAACUCCUGGAGAGAUCGCCAACCUUGCCGCCUACCUCUGCAGCGAUUAUGCCAGCUGGGUAUCAGGCGCGAUCAUUCGAAUGGAUGGUGGCGAAUAUGUCUCCAUUGCUGGCGAGUUUAAUGGCUUGAAAACGGUCACAAAGGAGCAAUGGGCCAUGAUGGAAGCAAUGAUCAGAAACACAAAAGGAUCGUAAACCUCUGAAAUCGCAGUAACUCUGCACUAAUGACAGUCCUAAUCUCAGUCUCCCGUUGUAGGAUCAACUAUUUUGAAAAAUUAUUUUUAGAUUGUGUAAAUUGACACUUAAAUUGUCCUGGCACAUACAAAUAUCCAUCCAGUGACAUCGGUUACCGAUUUAUCACUCUGAGGCCUACAGUUAAUUGCUGUUUGGAGUUUCUGAGCUGUGCUUAAUUAUAGAUUUGUGUACUUUUUGACAUUUGCCAUUUAUGCCUUAAGUAUCCAUUGUAACAAUGGCAAUUACAUUCUGUAUGCUGUAAACACAUAGGUUGCCGUUACAUAUUUAACCUAUACACUGCCCUAUACACUGGGAUAGGCUCCAGCAAUCCCACAGUCCUACAGAAAAUAAGGAGUCUGGAGAAUAGAUGGGUGGGUGGAUGGUUAAUGUACAUGUUUUAAUAAAUCCUACAAGAUUC